ACUUUAAAAAAAAAAUGGUAGCCUCCAUGGCAUGUGAAAUUGACCUUUUUUAAGAUCUAAUAUUUAAAUUAUUAUAAAACCUAAGAUGACUCUGUUGCUCAAUUUUAAAAAAGCACAACUUUUAAGAUUGUCUUACUAUGUGUCAAAUGCUUCACUGAAAUUUCAUCAAUCAUGGGCACAAAAGACAAAAUGCUUCCUGAGAAGUGUAAAGCUGAAUAAGUGGCCUACUAGACAUGGAAAACCACCAGCAUGCAUCAUAAAAUGUGCUCUUUCUGUGUCUGUGGGAUAUAGUUUAUUAACACUGAAAUUCCCCACCGCUCAUUGUGCACCAAAAGUCAAACAUUCCCGCCUUCUGGAUGACCAUGGCAGUAAAGGAUCUGGUGCUAAGUUUGAUUGGGGACAGUUCCUGCAAAUGUUGCUCCCCGAGAUUUGGUAUUUACUGGCUGCAGUGAUGGCUGCCGUUGCUGCUGCGUUGGUUAAUAUCAAGAUUCCACUUUUACUCGGUGAUGUUGUCAAUGUGGUAUCUAACAUGAAUAAAGAGGCUACAAGCGACUUCAUCAGUAAUCUUAAAGUUCCUGCUGUCAAACUUCUGAUGUUUUAUGGUGUACAGGGUCUAUUAACAUUUACUUACAUAUCCUUGUUAUCUGCUGUGGGUGAAAAUGUUGCUCUUCGGAUGAGAACGAAACUAUUUGACUCCCUUCUACGUCAGGAUAUUGCAUUUUUUGAUACACAUAAAACUGGGGAACUGGUUGACAGAUUAACAUCAGAUAUCCAGGAUUUUAAGAGUUCUUUCAAACUCUGUAUAUCUCAAGGACUGCGGGCAGUUACACAGACAAUAGGCUGUGUGUUUACACUGUAUACAAUAUCUCCCAAACUGACCGUCCUCAUGGUGACUGUAAUUCCAGCUAUUAUUGGGGUGGGAACUGUGAUGGGAUCAGGAUUACGGGCUCUUUCUAAAGAUGCACAGGAUCAGGUUGCCAAGAGCACGGCUGUUGCUGACGAGGCAAUAGGAAAUGUCAGAACAGUGAGAGCAUUCGCCAUGGAAACAAAAGAGAAUGAAUUAUACAGUCAGCAAGUGGAGCUGUCUAGGAGGAUGAAUAUUAACUUAGGUUUAGGCAUCGGAGCUUUUCAAGGUCUCUCCAACAUGGCUCUAAAUGGGAUAGUGUUGGGGACAAUGUUUGCUGGAGGGUACCUUAUGUCUGGAGGGGAGAUAACUGCUGGAAAUCUUAUGUCCUUUCUGGUCUCCUCCCAGACUAUUGAAAGGUCGCUGGCUCAGAUGUCGUUUUUAUUUGGAAACGUUGUUAAAGGAAUGAGUGCGGGUGCCAGAGUAUUUGAGUUUAUUAAUCAUCAACCGAAGAUCCCGAUCAGGGGAGGAAAGACAAUCCCUUACUUUACCUUGAAAGGUGAUGUGGAAUUUGAACAUGUCAGCUUUUCGUAUCCAACGCGAGCAGAGCAGAAAGUUUUAAAGGAUUUCAAUCUGAAGAUCCCAAAAGGAAAUGUGGUGGCGUUAGUAGGAUUGUCAGGGGGAGGUAAAUCCACCGUGGCUGCACUCCUAGAGCGUUUCUAUGACAUUGAUAAUGGGAAGAUUAGUAUAGAUGGAGUGAAUCUGAAAGACCUGGAUCCUUCCUGGUUAAGAGGCAAAGCCUUAGGCUUUAUCAAUCAGGAGCCAGUACUGUUUGCUACCUCUGUAAUGGAGAACAUUAGAUAUGGAUGUCCAGAUGCUACAGAUGUAGAGGUGAUGGAAGCAGCCACAAUGGCCAAUGCUGAUGGAUUUAUUCAGUCUUUCCCAGAAGGAUACAAUACAGUUCUGGGGGAGAGAGGGGUCACAGUAUCCGGGGGACAGAAACAGAGAAUCGCUAUAGCAAGGGCCCUCGUCAAGAAUCCCUCCAUUCUGGUGCUUGACGAGGCCACAAGUGCAUUGGAUGCAGAAUCAGAGCAAAUAGUUCAAGCAGCAUUAGAUAAUGUGGUGAAAGGAAGAACAGUUCUAAUAAUAGCACACAGGCUCAGCACAAUCCGCAAUGCUGACAUCAUAGCCGUGGUGUCCAACGGUCAGAUUGUCGAGCAAGGUAAGCACGAGGAGCUGAAGAAGAAGAAGGGGCUGUAUUGGGAACUAAUAAGAAAACAAGAACUGGAAGAAGAAAUCGAGACACACCAUUGGGGUAGACCAGAAUUCUAGAUAGCGGGAAAGCAGGCAUGUCAGAUCUGUGACAUGAUGCACACUCAUAAUUAGAAUCAGAAACUAUACAUAGUGACUAAAAUAAAACCACAACAUUAGUUCUAAAUAUUUAUCACCACAUCAGUCCUCGGAGAACCAGACACCCACGGGAAGUUACCGGGAGUUCCUGUUUCAAUAAUAUGUGCUAGAUCCAGUGGGACGAUCAUUAGGACUUAAUGAAUUCAGGUCUAUAAUUAAUUCAACAGGAAUAGUAACAUUCAAGUGUUGACAUAAUUUGCAUGGUGUGAUAAAUAUGAAUACGAUCAUGCGCACUGAAGCGUACAAAAAGCGGCCUGAAAACAGACAUCGAAACGUAACGAAAGUUUUCAUUCGUUUGGUGAGAACAGUAGGUGGAGAGAAUUGACGACGGAAAAUUGAAUUCCAUUCAUUACCCAUGUUGCGUGCUGUGAUAGUUUUGAUUUAAUAAUUAAUUUGAAUGUCCUGCAUCGUUAGUGCAUGAAUGGUACAUGUAGUAUACGGGAUACUAUUUCUGUGAGACUCAGAUUUAUAGUCUUUACAUAUCUUCAUAUUACAGUGUACGAAGUGUGCAAGCAUAUUCGUACAAGAUUUACAUUUUAGGACCCACAAUUUUAAACUUCAUUUAAUUCAUGUUUUAUCCACUGGGAAUAAGUGGUUGGGUAUAAUCCAAGCGCGAAUGUAGAAAGUUCCCAAAAAAUAUGGCGUGAUAAAGGGUUCGGUAUAGAAACUUGAGAUCAAAAGAUCCAAAUCACUAUAUGUAUUGACGAGGUAUAGGUAAAGAAAGAGAAGUACUUUGUGGUGUACAUGUAUGGAAGGUGAAUUUGUAUGAGUAUAUUUAAAAGGAAUUUUAAAAUUGUCUCAAUUGUCACUUUUUCUUGCUGAUUGCAUGGUUUAAUAAGUUGCAAUAAAAAUAGUCAAUGUUUUCACUGGAUAAAAAA